CUCCGUCUCAUUUUGAUGACGUUUACAAUUUCAAUUUACUGAGGAACUGCUCCUGGUUUCGUAGAAGCAAUUAUUAAAAUCAAAAACAGACACUUCAAACAGGCUGGGAUCUUGGAUGGAGUGAUUGUUGAGCCCCAGUGAGAUGACUGACCAGGGCAACAACAACCAAAACAUCUCCUGCAACCCCUUCGCGGCUCUCUUCAGCUCACUGGCUGAUGCUAAGCAGUUUGCAUCAGGCCAGAAAUCAGAACAACUGUCUGCAGAACCACCAUUGGAGGACUCAGGAGAGAGCCAGUCAGAGUCAGAAAACUCUGUGUCAGACAGCGUUGAUGACAAUGACGACUCGGUGGCAGAGAUCAGCCGCUCUUUCCGCUCCCGGCAGGAGCUGUGCGAACAGCUCAAUGUCAAUCACAUGAUCCAGCGUAUAUUUCUCAUGACUCUGGACAACAGUGACCCCAGUCUGAGAGGAGGUAAUGGGAUCCCUCCUCGUUGUGUUUACCUGGAAGAGAUGGCUGCAGAUCUGGAUGGACAGGACUGGCUGGACAUGGACAACAUAGAACAGGCUCUGUUUAACCGUCUGCUGCUGCCAGAGCCAGGAAACCUCCUCAUCUACAUGACGUCAUGCAGCGCUGUUAACCUGUCUGCUGACCGUGAUGCUGGAGAGAAGUGUGCCAUCCCUUACCUUUUUGCUUGUUACCAAAGGGCCAAAGAAGAGGUGACAAAGGUACCAGAGAAAUUACUGCCCUUUGCUCUCCGCUGUAAGAACCUGACAGUUUCUAACACACGGACAGUUCUGCUCACCCCGGAGAUCUACAUCAGCCAGAAUGUCUACGAACAGCUUCUUGACCUUCUGCUGGAAGCUUUCAGCAGAGCACAACCAGAGGAGGUGAUAGAGUUUGUGGAAGAAGUCAUUGCUGGCCUACUCUCCGACCAGGAGGUGCGUACCUUCGCGGAGGUGAUAGUGCCAGUGUUUGAUAUCUUCCAGGGACGCAUCAAAGAUUUGGACCUGUGCCAGCCUCUCCUCUACUUCUACCUAGAAGUUCUGCUCUAUUUCAGCCACAAUAAAGAGACUGCCAAGGUAUUGGUAGAACACAUUCAGCCCAAAGACCCAGCUAAUGGUUUACAGUACCAGAAGAGCCUACUGGGGGCAGUGUUGAGUAUCUCCUGCUUGUUAAAAACCCCAGGUGUGGUGGAGGGACAUCGCUACUUCCUGAACCCCUCCCGCUCCAGUGCCCAGGAGACAAAGGUCCAGGAGGCCAACAUCCACCAGUUUAUGGGCCAGUUUCAUGACAAGUUGCACCAGAUCUUUAAAAACCUGCUCCAGCGAUCUGGUGAGACACGCCACUUGCUGCUCUCGUGGUUGGGCAGCUGUCUGCAGGCUAACGCCGGCCGGGCCAAGAUCUGGGCCAAUCAGAUGCCAGAGAUCUUCUUCCAGAUGUAUGCGUCAGAUGCGUUCUUCUUAAACUUGGGUGCAGCGCUGCUGAAGCUGUGCCAGCCCUUUUGCAGGCCUCGGUCGCCCAAACUGCUCACUUUCAACCCUACCUACUGCUCCCUUAAAGAGCUGAGCGAAGAGGAGAGGCGCAAUCGCAAUGUGCACGCAAGAGGUCUCGACAAGGAAACCUGUCUGAUCCCUCUGCCCCCUCAGCAGGCGGUGGAGUCUGCGCAGUCCUACAGCUUGCUGACUGAAAACCUUGUCCUCACACAACUCACCCUGCAUCUUGGCUUCCAUAGACUCCAUGAGCAGAUGGUGAAGAUGAACCAGAGUCUCCACCGGCUCCAGGUGACGUGGCAGGAGGCCCAGCGAACAGGCAACCCAAUGUCGGAGCAGCUCCUGGAGCAGUUUGAGCGUCUAAUGAUUGUUUAUCUGUCAACCAAAGCUGCCACUACGCAGCCUGCCAUGCUGCAAUGCUGCCUUAACCUCCAAGCUUCCACAGGUGCUCUGCUGGUUCAGCUUGGCAUGGGAAACCAGGGGCCUGAACAUGUAGCACUCAGUUUUCCCCUGCCCCCCCUACAGAAUAAUAUGCUCUGCUAUGUACCAGAGUUUUUUGCGGAGAACAUGGGAGAUUUUUUCAUCUUCCUGCGUCGAUUUGCAGACGAUGUUUUGGAGACGUCUGCAGAAAGUCUGGAGCAGAUUCUUAACUUCAUCACUGUCUUCAUGGGUAACGUAGAGAGGAUGAAGAACCCUCAUUUGAGAGCAAAGCUAGCAGAGGUCUUAGAGGCAGUGAUGCCCCACAUGGAGCCGGUGGCUCCUGGCGCUGUUCAGCCAAUCGUGUUCCAGCGAGAGAGAGUCUUCUGCUCCUAUAGACAUGCACCUCAGCUGGCCGAGGCCCUCAUCACUGUUUUUGUCGACAUUGAAUUCACAGGUGAUCCUCAUCAGUUUGAACAGAAAUUCAACUACAGAAGACCCAUGUAUCCCAUCCUCAAGUACAUGUGGGGCAAAGAGAACUAUAGAGAGAGUGUCAAGCAUUUGGCGAACUAUGCAUCUGAGAACCUGGAGGCCAUGAACCCCCCUCUGUUCCUCAGGUUCCUCAACUUACUGAUGAACGAUGCCAUCUUCCUACUAGAUGAGGCCAUUCAGUACCUGAGUAAAAUCAAGAUUCUGCAGCUGGAGCGGGAUCGAGGCGAGUGGGAAGGCCUGGCCCCCGAUGCCCGAAGAGAGAAGGAGUCAAGCCUGCAGAUGUUGGGACAGCUGGGCCGCUUCCACAACAUCAUGUCUAAUGAGACCAUCGGCACACUGGCCUUCCUCACCUCAGAGAUCAGGGGGAUCUUUGUGCACCCCUUCCUGGCUGAGAGGAUCAUCUCCAUGCUGAACUACUUCCUGCAGCACCUUGUGGGUCCUAAGAUGGGCGCCCUUAAAGUCAAGGACUUCAGUGAGUUUGACUUCAAGCCCCAGCAGCUUGUUUCUGACAUCUGCACCAUCUACCUGAAUCUGGGUGAUGAGGAGAAUUUUUGUGCUACAGUUCCAAAGGAUGGACGAUCGUACUCUCCUACCCUCUUCUCCCAAACAGUUAGGGUACUGAAGAAGAUAAACAAGCCUGGGGACAUGAUUGUGGCUUUUGGACUUCUUGCUGACAAAAUAAAGUCCCAUGCAGACAGGCAGCAGCAGGAAGAGGAGACGUACUCCGAUGCCCCAGAUGAGUUCUUGGAUCCCAUCAUGUCCACUCUGAUGCUGGAUCCUGUUCUCCUUCCUUCUUCCAAUGUCACAGUUGACCGCUCAACUAUAGCAAGGCAUCUCCUCAGUGACCAGACAGACCCUUUCAACCGCAGUCCUCUAACCAUGGACCAGAUCAGGCCAAACGAGGAACUCAAACAGCAGAUCUUGCAGUGGCUGGAUAAGCAUAAGCAGGAGAGGCUGCAGCUAGGACCCAGUGGCUAGCCGUGAUCCCUCCCUACGAUAAACAUUGACUGCAUCGUUGUUUUCUCUCUUGGCUCACAUAUUGCGUGCUCCUGUGCUUCUUGGCUAAUCCAUGGUGUGCUUGCCUCUGUGGAUUUCCUCUGACUUCUCCGGUCCGACUAACAUUGCAUUAGCCUUUUCACGCAGACUUUGUGCUCUGUGGAUUCUCUCUGCGCCAAAAGUCCAGGCAAACUGUAGCCCACCGGCUGGUGACAACUUCAAAAUCCAUGCACAGUAGCUAUUUGACUCCCAUGAUGCCCUACGUUAACAAUAGUAGGGUGAUUCAACCUCUGGUUCCUCUCUCCCUGAAUACUAUGUAUUAAUUGGUUAUUUUUGGUUAUUAUUACAAUCGGAACUCUGGCCAGACGUUAUCAGUUUCAACAUGACUUGUUGAAUCUACUAUACGAACUCUUCACUGACCAGGUUUUAUACUGCAAGGUAAGUAUUUCUGGGAACUCUUAAGGCAGAACAUGGAUGGAAUUGUUUAUGAUUUGACCUUGAUUUCACAUUAAGCUCUGCCUUUUAAAGAUCUUAAACACCCUAUAUUUUAGUGCUUUUGGUUGAAUCUCAAGCAGAAUUGUAAAUAAAAUUAGCAAUUCAGUCAGGCAUAGCUCAAACUGAAUUUAAUUGUGUGUGACUUUAUUUUAUUGGAAAUAAUCUAGAUUUACUUGGAGAUGCUCAAAAUCUUUUUCACUGUAAUAAUACACCUGUAGCACAAAACCAUACUGUGAAAUCUGCAUUUGAACAUGUAUAGAUAAAUCUGUGAUUCAAGUGCACCUGCCUUUAAUGAAGCACUAAAUAAAGAUCCUGUUAGGAUCUGA